UUGGUAACGCUACGAAACAUUUCACCUCUUGUUGGAAUUCUACUCUACGUGUACCGCGAGGGUUUGGGUUUGGGUUUGGGUUUGGGUUUGGGGUUUAAGCUUUAACCCCUUCUUCAACAUUUCAGGUUUGUGUUAUUAAUUCUGGAAACUUGUUUUCAAAAUGAUGCAUUCUGCAAUUAAGGGCGGUUGGAGGCCAAUGUUUGCUCUUGCGAAGAAAAAUGAGUCUGAUGGGAGAAAGACUCGGAUUCGCCUGUCUAAGGAUAAACGAAAAGCAAUGGUUGAGUCCUUCAUUAAGAAGUACCAAGAGUCAAACGGUGGAAACUUUCCACCUAUUACUGUUACGCAUAAAGAAGUUGGUGGAUCUUUCUACACUGUAAGGGAGAUUGUACGGGAAGUAAUUCAAGAAAAUAGGGUCUUGGGUCCUGCUAAAUUCAACUUAGAUGAAUUCAGCAAUGAUCAAUUUUUGGAACAAAAUCCAUUGGGUUCAAUUGCAAGUGGCCCUCAACCUUUUCUCGGUGCAUCUUCAAAUGAAGAUCAUAACAAAGUUCCCGAUACGAAUGGCAAACUGCUUUCUGUUUCUGACAAUGGACAUGUCAUAAAUGUUGACCAUGUAGAUGUGACUAAUAAGGAAAUCGUUGAAACCACUGUUGUUUCUGAUGAGUCUUAUACUAAAGCUGAGUAUCCAGUGGUUGUCAAUGGGCAUGUCAUAAAUGGUAGCCAAGUAGGCGUGACAAGCAAUGAAUCCGUUGAAGCAACUGUUGUUUCUGAUACGUAUUUUACUGGAGCUGAACUUGAAUUUGUUGACAAAGAACAUGAUGUAGAUUCUAGCAAGGUAGAUGUGACGGACAAGGAAUCUGUUGAAGCUGUGGUUGUUUCUGAUGACCAUUGUAGCGAAGGUGAGCUCGAGAUUAUUGACAAAGAGCAUGGUAUAGAUUCUAGCGAGGUAGAUGUGACAAACAAGGAAUCUGUUGAAGCUGUGGUUGUUUCUGAUGACCAUUUUACUGGAGGUGAGCUUGAGAUUGUUGACCAAGGGCAUGAUGUAGAUGGUAGCAAGGUAGAUGUAAGAAACAAGGAACCCAAUGAAGCUACUAUACCCGAGAAUAAGCCCAUGGAACCCAAACUGAAUGUCGAACAAGAGUUGGCAGCUACCACAACACCUGUGGCCAAAUUAAAUGUUCUGACAAAAGACUUGAAAGUAGAAACAUUUCCAUUAAGAUCUGUUGCUAGGACUAGCAGUGUAACAGAAGGGUCUGAAGAGUUGAAGGACUCUGGUAAUUCCCUAGAAAGGGAUAUAAAGAAUUUGGAAUUGGAACAGGGUAAGAAUUCCGAGCCCACAAAUACUUCUACUUUAUUGAAGAAUGCCCUUGGAAACAAAAACUUAAAGGAAACCUCCGAUAAUAGGCAUGAUGUGGAAAGUGCAAAUCAUUCUACCCACAUCGAACAAGUCGCUGCAUCUCAUCAGAAAGCUAUAACUUUUGAAACCAAUAACCAAAGUCAGAUUGAAGAUGAAGCUAAGACAAACAUUCAAGAUGAUUCAAAACCUUCAGAAGAAGGCCAACACAAAGCUGAUAAAUAUAGGCUUGAUCAACUUGGUGGCAGUUCUCAGAGAAGAGUCAACGCAACUGUAGAUAGGAUCAAUCUAGAAUCAUGGGAUGGAAGAUUGAAGAAUUCGCCAAAAAAUGAAGCCAACCCUCUUUUAGCUCUAUUGAAAGCCAUUGUCAAUGCAUUUGGAAAAUUGUUGUCGGAAUGAAGAUUUUAGAAUUUGUUUCUUUUUCUUUUUCCAUUGCGUUAUUAUCUAUGGUGUGACUGUGGAGUUGAUGUUUUGUACCUGAUAGAAAAUAAUUUUUGCAUGGUCAAUGUGCUAACCUCCCCCCUUUAUAAAAUUUUAGAAUAGUAAGGUCUUGUUUUCAU